GGUCGACCAGUGACGAAGUUGUUCGGAGUUCUUUGAGGCUAUUUAUCAGUUCCAUUUUCUUUUCAAUAUAUUUUUCUUUUGUCACGGCUGGAGUUGUCCGGGGCACUGCAGCUGACAACUUAAGCUUGUGCCUAUAUUUCAAUCAAUCCGUUUUCUCUUCAGGAUUGUUGAUAGAAAUCCAACACCAUGGCGAUGGACUUUCCGGCAUCCUCGGAUGUCAUGAUAAUUGCUGGCAAUUCCCAUCCUGAAUUAGCUAAUUUAGUUGCAAGCCGAUUAAACGUGAAAGCAGGAGAUGCGUCAGUUUACCACAAAACAAACCGUGAAACUAUGGUUGAAAUUGGGGAUUCCGUUCGUGGAAAGGAUAUUUACAUCAUACAAACUGGAACUAAAGAUGUCAACAAUAAUAUUAUGGAGCUGCUUAUCAUGGCAUAUGCGUGCAAAACAUCAUCCGCUAGAAGUAUUGUUGGAGUAAUUCCUUACCUACCUUACAGCAAGCAAUGCAAAAUGCGAAAACGAGGAUGCAUUGUAUCAAAGCUUUUAGCUCAGAUGAUGUGUAAGUCAGGUUUGUCCCAUGUUAUAACCAUGGAUCUGCAUCAAAAGGAGAUUCAGGGAUUCUUUAACUGCCCUGUUGACAAUUUGCGAGCAUCUCCUUUCCUUCUGCAGUACAUUCAGGAAUGUAUUCCCGACUACCGUAAUGCAGUCAUUGUUGCUCGUAACCCUGGUUCAGCCAAGAAAGCUACAUCCUAUGCAGAACGUCUUCGUUUAGGAAUUGCAGUUAUUCACGGAGAACAGAAGGAAUCAGAAUCAGAUAUGGUUGAUGGACGCUACUCCCCUCCAACCUUGCCCCGUUCUCGUACAAUGGAUGUAAGCAAUGGAGUGCCAGUCCACCCAGCCAAAGAAAAACCGCCAAUUAAUGUUGUCGGCGAUGUGGGCGGACGUAUUGCUAUUAUGGUGGAUGAUUUGGUAGAUGAUGUAGCAUCUUUUGUAGCUGCUGCAGAAGUCCUAAAGGAACGUGGUGCAUAUAAAAUUUAUGUGAUGGCAACUCAUGGAUUGUUGUCAUCAGACGCCCCUCGUUUGAUUGAAGACUCUCCCAUUGAUGAGGUUGUUGUCACUAAUACCAUUCCACAUGAGCUGCAGAAAAUGCAGUGCCACAAAAUCAAGACCGUGGACAUCAGUGUGAUGUUGUCUGAAGCAAUUCGAAGGAUCCAUAACAAGGAAUCUAUGUCUUAUCUCUUUAAAAAUGUGACUCUUGAAGAUUAAAGCAAAUAUUUUAUGUUGCUGGUUCUGUGCAUGUGAAGACUAGAUUAUUCCAGUAUUCUACCUUAAAGUACGUUUCAGUAUAUCUCACCUUCCUUCUUUUUAUGAUUUAAUUAUUUUGUUUGUUCUUUCUAUUAAGCUUUUAUCUUUUGGUUUAGGGUGUAGUUGGUGCUGUAAGCUCUCAAAUCAUGAAAGUAUUUGUACCCUCUAAUAUUCAUUCAGUAUGUGGAAGCCGACUUUGUCAUGAAUCUAUCCUUGCCAACUAGCAUUUCACUUUUAUUUCUUGCUUUAGGUAAAUCUUAUCUCACUCUGCAGUGUAUUAAUUAGUUUAGUCUUUGUUUUUUCUGCAGAAUUUUAGAAAUUUUUUGUAAAUUAAAUUCUUUUGUUGGAAUAUUUUUGUCCUCUUGAAAAAAUAACAGUCCUGCUGUUUAUUCGUAUAGUUACCAAAAUGAAAACAAUGAUCGUAAAUUUUAUAUUUUGAAAUUAAUGAUAAAUCUAUUUUUGUAGAGAGAGUGAUUAUAAACUCAAUCAAACAAUGGAUUUUAUUUGUCAGUUUUGCGACCCAUUGUAGUCUUAGUCAUUAUUUUUUCAUUGUGUAGUCAACUUAUGUUGUCACAAGUAUUGGUGUGAUUGAAGAUUUUCAGUACACUCUUGUGGGUUUUCUCGCAAGUCAUGUACCUAUAUCUUUUAGGUAUAGCAUAGCCUGACUAGUUGGCCCUGACCCUGUAACUGUCGUGUACUUCUCAAUGUACUGUAGAUGCCAAUAUAGAUUACCAAAUGAAGUUACGUAGUCUCUGUAGUCUAGUGAUACUUUUGGAUCUUGAGUUAUUGUCAUCUGUGAGAACCAAGUAUAUGAAUAAACUCUGUUGUUAAUUUUA